AUGACAGACAUUAAUGAUGAUUCUGCAAAGGAUCCAGCUGAAUGUAUAUCUAUUUCAAGAAAUAAAGUUGUUAUAAAAUCAGUUGAUAUGAACGAAGAUAUGAAGAUAGAUGCAAUUGACUGUGCAAUCUUCGCUAUAAAAAAAUUUAAUGUCGAAAAAGAUAUAGCGGCAUAUAUGAAAAAUGAGGUUAUGAUAGGUAUUUUUAAUUUGGAAAUGAUUUUAAUUUUUAAAAGUUCGAUAAAAAAUUUGGAACAACAUGGCACUGUAUUGUAG